CGAGAGUUUUAUUUCAAAUUGUCGUUGCUUUAUUAAAUAGGUUUAGGGUAUAUUAUUAAAAUGCCGUAUUUAAGUGCAUUGGGUAGAUGUUUUUGUGAGUACUUAGCAAUUCAUUUGUGCACAGAUUUCUGCUCGAAUGUUUUCUUUUAAACACAGUUACAUCAGUUAAAAUAUGAUGAAACAUAACUUCAUAAUACAAUAAAAAUAUAAACUAAAAACAUCUACAAACACUAAUAAAAACAUAUAAAAUUAUUAGUUAUCUCUUGCAGCGACAUAGUGCAGUGGUUUACGUUGCGAAGUAAAGUUUUGUGUGAUUUAUAGGGAAAACAAAACAAGGAAAAUGAAAAAACAAGUAGCUGUUAUGCCUUCACUGGAAGUGUUGAUAGAAAGAUUGCCACAGGCUAUAUUAGAUGCUGCAAUAGGUCCUAUAAGAGUAAUGCAAGAGAUGCCUAAACCAGAUACAUCAAUCCAGGAUCCGCUGAAAUAUUUACCUAAAACUGAACUUGUGCAUGAUCUCCCAAAGAAAUCGAUGCCAUCAUUGCAAGUUACAUUGGAAAGAUUACCUAAAAAGUUGAUGACGAAUUUGCUAGCACAAAAGAAAAUACAUGCGGCACAAGAAAAAAGGAAAGUUGGUAGACCAAAGAAAGUUAGAGACACUCAAUUUAAAAAUCAACCUCCAAUGUUUGAUUUUAUUUCAGUAUAGUUGUUUAAAAAAAUAUAUAAUUUUCACUGUGUUUAUAUAAAUGUUCUAAGGCUCCUUAUUAUGACUGAGUAUAUUUAUGAUCUCAAAUAAUUAUACUUAAUUUGCCUAUGAUUAAUUUUAGUCACGAAAAUAAUUACUCUUCUACUACUACUAACUAGUCUAUGGUUUAAAUGACAAAAGUAACGCGAAGUAGCAAAACAUAUGCUGUCUCUUUCAUACUUAUGCCUCAUUAUUUUGAGAAAAAGUGGCUAAUAUAUAUUUGUCUUGCUCAUUCAAUGUAUGUGCUGAAUAGUUCUAUGAGCGAGUUUAGUGAUGUGACGUGUCCCAAUUUGUUUCAUUUGCCAAUGUUUUGUUUUUUUUUUAUUUUAGUUAUAAAAUAUAUGUAUAUUUAGUUAAAGUAUUUACAUAAUAUGAAGUAUAUUAAAACUUAAAAUCUUUAAUGUAGAUUUCUAAACAGUAAUAGCUUUCCUUCCUUAAUCCUAUUCCAUAUUUAUCUCCCAUCUUAUUUCCUUCCUCUUCCUAUCAAUUUCCGAUUUCCUUUCCCAACUUGUCACCUAUCUCCUAGUAUUUUCCUUAUUCAACACCCUUCUCUUUUAAAGAAAGGCUGAUAAUACGUAGAUAUAAUGAUUGUUGCCAGCCAGACUUUAGUUCUAUCGUAAAUUAACCGUUAAGCUAGUUUGGACUUAUAUACUCAGAAAAGGCUUGUAAACUUUCCUGUUUAAUUAAAAAUGUUUAGUGGAAAAUAACCUUAAAUACAAGGUAACUGAUGAUUCUUUUGUCUAGAUGAUUGUAUUCGAUGUAUUCUGUAUGAUACAAUGGUAUAAU